GAGGCAUCCCAUAUGCUGGUCCUUUGCUGCGCUCUCUCGUGUUGGCUCGGUGGGGUUUGAAGUGACUAACGGGAAUUAGAACAUCGACUGAGCUCCGGUUUCAUCCAUCUUCUGAAGUUCAGUUUCGAAGGUUCGGGUUGGAGACGGUUGGGAAGUGUUUUUGGGGGGUUUGAAAGUCUAGUUUUAUCCGAAUAAAAAGGCAUGGAGGCUCAUGGAGUUCUCUCUCUGCUGUGCGUUGCGCUGUGUGCUGGGGCGUUCGCACAGCAGACCGACAGACCCAAGUUCUGGGAGUGUCCGGUGGACCUGUUCUUUGUGCUGGACACGUCUGAGAGUGUUGCUCUGAGGGCCAAACCUCCCAACUUCUACAUCGACCAGAUCAAGAGCUUUACUGAACGCUUCAUCAUGGAACUCAAAGAGAUGCGCCAGCCAUGUGACCGUUCCCUGACGUGGAACUCCGGAGCGCUGCACUACUCUGAUGAGAUCAUCUUAGUGCGCCAGCUGAGCGACGUCGCCACCGAGCGCCAGGCGCUCAUCAGUGACAUCAAAGGCAUCAGCUACAUCGGCAAGGGAACCCACACUGACUGUGCCAUCAAGAGAGGCAUCGCUGAGCUGCUCAUAGGGGGCUCCCACUACCAGGAGAAUAAGUACAUCGUCGUGGUGACGGAUGGUCAUCCUCUAACAGGUUACAAGGAGCCCUGUGGUGGGUUACAGGAAGCUGCCAAUGAGGCCAGGCAACACGGGGUUAAAGUCUUCUCUGUUGCCAUUUCACCUGACCAGGAGGACACCAGACUGUCAGUGAUCGCUACAGACCAUAACUACAGACAGAACUUCACAGCAGCCGACAACAGUAGAUCCACCCAGCUACAGACCAUACGCAGUAUCAUAGAUAUGAUCACCAAUGAGACCAAGGAUGUGUGCUGUUCUUUCGACUGCAAUGCUAAAGGAGGUCCCAAAGGACCAGAAGGAGGCCUCGGGUCCAAGGGUGAAACAGGUAGACAGGGGAUGCCAGGGGAGAAGGGAGACAUCGGGGUGGAUGGAAAUUUGGGAGACCCCGGCCCUGUGGGAUACCGCGGAAUGAAGGGCGACCGUGGUGGAAGAGGCAACAAGGGCGAGAGAGGCCAUAAAGGCUACAAGGGAGACAAAGGACAACGGGGAACAGAUGGAGUAGAUGGACGUAAAGGUGAUCCAGGUUUUUCUGGUCUAGCCGGCUGUAAAGGUUCCCCAGGACCUGACGGCUCACAGGGAGAUGGAGGACCUAAGGGAGAUCCUGGUUCGUACGGAACCAAAGGAGCUAAGGGAGAUCAGGGGAAAGACGGAGAACCAGGACGACCCGGCAACUACGGACCGCCCGGAAUCAAGGGUACACCGGGCCCAAAAGGAGCCAAUGGAGACAAAGGACAGCGGGGUGAUGAUGGAGCACCUGGACCGGACGGCCUCCGAGGAGACAAAGGAACCCCAGGAGAGAAAGGAGAACAAGGAACCCGUGGAAACAGAGGACCAAGAGGAGAUUUGGGUGACCCAGGACCUCGAGGAGAUCAAGGCAGAGAGGGUUCAUCUGGAGCCAAUGGAGAGCCUGGUGACAUCGGCAAGGCGGGGUCUCCAGGAUACAGAGGAGAUGAGGGCGCCCCGGACCAGAGGGCCCCAAGGGACCAAGAGGAAUCAAAGGAGCUCCUGGAGACAGAGGCCAGAUCGGAAGCAGGGGAGAAGAUGGGGCACCAGGAAAUGGAACUGAAGGUUGCCACGGUUUCCAGGGUUACCCCGGCCCACGAGGUAGCAUUGGAGAGCCGGGCGGGAAGGGAACCCCGGGACCCAAAGGAGAUGAUGGAGAGCCUGGAAACCCCGGCCUGGACAACGACUCCCCUGUGUAUUACUAUCUCUCUUCCUGUCUCUCCUCUGCAGAACGACUCCCCAGGACUCCCAGGGAACAAAGGAGCCAAAGGUCACCGAGGACCUGAAGGAAACCCGGGACCAGUUGGGCCUCCCGGACCUGCAGGAGUUGAUGAUUGUGAGAUUCUAGAUAUCAUCAUGAAGCUUUGCUCGUGCUGUGAGUGUAAAUGUGGGCCCCUGGACCUGGCCUUCAUUGUGGACAGCUCUGAGAGUAUCGGCUCCACUAACUUCGCUCUCGCUAAAGACUUCAUCAUCACCGUCAUCGACCGCCUUAUUAAGGACCAGCAAGUCCGUUUUGGUUUUAAUGAGUCCAGGGUGGGUGUGGUGCAGUACAGUGGGGAUGGAGCCCAGGAGGCUGUCAGACUGGGAGACCCCAACAUUAACACACUCACUGAGCUCAAACAGGCGGUGCGGGACCUGCGCUGGCUGGCUGAGGCCACCUAUACAGGGGAGGCUCUUCAGUACUCUCUGACCAACAUGAUAGACCGUCUGCAGCAGGAGAACCGCGUGGUCCUCGUGCUCACUGACGGACGCUCCGAUAUCACCAGAGAUAAAACACCGCUUAACACUCUCUGUGGGAAGGGCAUCAAGGUGGGUGGUCUGGGAGUGAAGGACUACUCUGGCCGUCAGCCCAACCACGAACAGCUCAGUGCUGUGGUCUGUAAGAGCGACCCUAAACCAGGCUUCUCCUUCGUACUGGAGAACUUCGCUGAACUGCUGGAUGACUCCUUUCUACAGAACCUCACCACACGCAUCUGUGAAGAUAAGAAGUGUCCCAACUACAAAUGUCCCAUCUCGUUCUCAGGCGACACAGACAUUGUGCUGAUGAUGGACAGUUCAGCCAGUGUGGGACAGAGGAACUUUGACUCCAGCAAGACCUUCGUCAAGCGUCUGGCUGAGCGUUUCCUGUCUGCCGAGAGGUCCGGCCGCGCUGCCGUGCGUGUCGCCGUGGGCCAGUACAGCCGCGAACGCCGCAUGGAGGCGGAGCUGACCUCUAACCUCACCCUGCUGACCAGUAAAAUCGAUGCCGCCACCUUCCAGAACGACGGUACCGACGUUACCAAGGCGAUGGCCUUCGCCAUGGAGCAAUUCAAGACGUCAGGGGGCGGGAACAGGAAGAAGAAGCUGGUGCUGUUCUCGGACGGGAGGUCGCAGGGCGUUACCGAGGCGAUGCUGGAGAAGCGCGUGCGGCUGGUGUCGGAGGCGGGAGUGGAGCUGUACGUUAUUACCGUGGGCAGCCAGGUGAGCGAGGCCAACCUGCGCUCGCUGGUCAGCAGGGGGAGGAGUUACGACGUCACCUACGCCCAGCGCCACCUGUUCCGCGUCCCAGACUACCCGUCUCUGCUGCGUGGCGUAUUCUACCAGACCGUGUCCCGCAGGGUCUCCCAGGCCUGAGUGCAAGGGGGUCAGGGGCAUGGACCACAUGCUUUAGAGUUUAGUCUCCCUCAUUAUGAAUGUCCAUUCGUACUUCGUCGCUCAUUUACAAUCACUGUGUUUUAGUUGUGUUUUUACGUCCGAUAAUGACAGAAGACGAUUGCGUGUUAGACUGUGUAAGAGAUUGUGUUACACUGUGUUCAUGUGCUCUCUGAAUUAUCAGGACCUUUCCAACCGGGAAAAAACUCCCAUAACAGAAACUAGUUUCAGAUGUCUAAAACAGUUUGUUAUGAGCUUCUAAGUUGUAACAUCGUCCAGUCAGACUGUUCUCAGUUCCAUAAUUCCAAGCAGCACAUGAACACAGCAUUAAACAGGAAGGUUACUGUAAAAUAAUGUUUUUUUUUUUGUGUGUGUUUUUUUUUUAAACAAACUUAUUUUAUGUUGUUUUGUAGAUCAGAGACAGAACAGGAUAUGACAUCCCUCCAUAUGUUUUAAACAUCAAGGUUAAACAUUAAACAUCCUCCUUCUAGACAACCUGGUUGUGAACAGCUGGAUACAGACUGUUAGUGUAUGUGUGUGUUUAGAGGAAUGUUCUCUAAUAUCCAGUUAUAUCAUGUAGGAUUUUCGCUAUAAACAGUUUGUCUGGGUUCACUUGUUCAGAUGAUGACAGACACACAUACACACACACACACACACACACACACACACACACACACACACACACACACACACACACACACACACACACACACACACACACACAUACACACACUCCUUUCUGUAUCUGCGUCAUUAACCCUUGAAGUCUACCAACCGUCAACUUUUGUUUUGGCUGGAUUAUUCAGUCCUUCAACGUUCCAGGUAACAGAUGUGUGCGUUGUCAGCAGGGAAUUCUCUCUAUGUAAUACAUCAUUAAUCCUUGGUGCUAUCGUUCAGAGCAAGUGUCUCAGUGUCAGAUCUGUAGCAGUAGACAGACUUCUACAUGUAAAAGUUAUGUUUUGAUCUGAAAGAGAAACCUGCCAGCCAGACAUUCUGUUUGGACCAAGCAAAGCUGCUUCUAUUAAAUGCCGCUUCACCCAA